AUAACUAGUGAGCCUGUGCUCCGCAACAAGAGAAGCCACCUCGAUGAGAAGCUCAUACACCACAACUAGAGAGUAGCCCCUGCUUGCUGCAAAUAGAGAAAACCCUGCACGGCAAUGGAAGACUUGGUGCAGCCAAAAAUAAAUAAAAUUUAAAAAUGAAAGGUCCUGGGUGCCAGCCCAUUCUGAUAGAACAGUCCAACACGGUAUCAAUUAGGCUGGUGGGGAAAUGACUGUAAUCUUGGGCAAAAUUUCCUCAUCUGUAAGAUGAGAAUAAUCAAACUGACUUCAUACUAUAAUUGUCAAGCUGGAUGCCCACACAUAGAAAAUGACCCACAACACAAAACUGUGAUGACAUCCUUUCUCCCCUUCCAGUCUACUGAUGGAAUCCUCACUUUUUGCUGGGCACACAGCUGUACCAAACAGACUAUAUUUCCCAGCCUCCCUUGCAGCUCAGUAAUGUCAUGUGACUGAGUUCUGGGCUAUGGGAUGGAAGCAGAAGGGUUGGAUGGCACCCACAGCCCAAUCCAAAAGGAAAUCAGUUCUGAAUAUUCAUUGGAAGGACUGAUGCCAAAGCUGAAACUCCAGUACUUUGGCGACCUGAUGCGAAGAACUGACUCGUUGGAAAAGACCCUGAUGCUGGAAAAGAUUGAGGGCAAGAAGAGAAGGGGACAGCAGAGAAUGAGAUGGUUGGAUGGCAUCACCGACUCGAUGGACAUGGGUUUGAGCAAGCUCCAGGAGCUGAAGGACAGUUCCCUGUCCUUCACUGGCGUGCUGUAGUCUAUGGGGUCACAAAGAGAUGGACACGACUGAGCGACUGAAGUGAACUCAUCUUCUAAAGAUGGCUCCUAAGAACCUUCCACUCCUUCUUCCUUUUCUAAUUUCCUGCUGAGAAAAGAAGAAAAACGAAAGGCAAAGGAGAAAAAUACACCCAACUGAAUGUAGAGUUCCAAAGACUAGCAGGAAGAGAUAAGAAAGCCUUCUUAAGUGAACAGUGCAAAGAAAUAGAGGAAAACAAUAGAAUGGGACUAGAAAUCUCUUCAAGAAAAUUAAGAGAUAGCAAGGGAAUAUUUCAUGUGAAGAUGGGCACAAUAAAGGACAGAAACGGCAAGGACCUAACAGAAGCAGAAGAGAUUAAGAAGAGGUGGCAAGAAUAUACAAACUGUACAAAAAAGGUUUUAAUGACUUGGAUAACCAUGACGGUGUGGUCACUUACCUAGAGCUAGACAUCCUGGAGUAUAGUCAAGUAGGCCUUAGGAAGCAUUUCUAUGAACAAAGCUAAUGGAGGUAAUGGAAUUUCAGCUGAGCUAUUUCAAAUCCUAAAAGAUGAUGCUAUUAACGUGCUGCACUCAAUAUGUCAACAAAUUUGGAAAAUGCAGCAGUGACCAGAGGACUGGAAAAGGUCAGUUUUCAUUCUAAUUCCAAAGGGCAAUGCCAAAGAAUGUUCAAACUACCACAUAAUUGUGCUCAUUUCACACGCUAGCAAGGUAAUGCUCAAAAUCCCUCAAGCUAGGCUUCAACAGUAUGUGAACCAAGAACUUCCAGAUGUACAAGGUGGAUUAGAAAAGUAGAGGAACCAGUGAUCAAAUUGCCAACAUCCGUUGGAGCAUAGAAAAAGCAAGAAAAUUCCAGAAAAACUUCUGCUUCAUUGACUAUGCUAAAGCCUUUGACUGUGUGAAUCACAACAAACUGUGGAAAAUUCUUAAAGAGAUGGGAAUACCAGACCACCUGACCUGCCUCCUGAGAAAUCUGUAUGCAGGUCAAGAAGCGACAGUUAGAACCAUACAUGGAACAAUGGACUGGCUCAAAAUUGGGAAAGAAGUACGUCAAGGUUGCAUAUUGUCACCCUGCUUAUUUAACUUAAAUGCAGAGUACAUGAUGCAAAAUACCGGGCUGGAUAAAUCACAAGCUGAAAUCAAGCUUGCUGAGAGAAAUAUCAACAACCUCAGAUAUACAGAUGAUACCACCCUAAUGGCAGAAGGCAAGAAGGAAUUAAAGAGCCUCUUGAUGAAAGAGAAAGAGGAAAAUGAAAAAGCUGGCUUACAACUCAACAUUCAAAAAACUAAGAUCAUGGCAUGCAGUCCCACCAUUUCAUGGCAAAUAGACUGGGAAAAAAUGGAAACAGUGACAGAUUUUAUUUCUUGGGCUCCAGAAUCACUGUGGACAGUGACGGCAGCCAGGUGCUUGUUAGAAGACAGGUAGGUGCUUGUUCCUUGGUAGAAAAGCUAUGAUGAACCUAGACAGCAUAUUAAAAAGCAGAGACAUCGCUUUUCCGGUAAGCAGCUGACCCCUAAAAAUGGUGCACUAUUCACUCGACCCAGAAAACCCCACAAAAUCAUGCAAAUCAAGAGGUUCAAAUCUUCGUGUUCACUUUAAGAAUACUCGUGAAACUGCCGAGGCCAUAAAGGGUAUGCAUAUUCGAAAAGCCACCAAGUAUCUGAAGGAUGUCACUUUAAAGAAGCAAUGUGUGCCAUUCCGUCGUUACAAUGGUGGAGUUGGUAGGUGUGCACAGGCCAAACAGUGGGGCUGGACGCAGUGUCGGUGGCCCAAAAAGAGUGCUGAAUUUUUACUACACAUGUUCAAAAAUGCAGAGAGUAAUGCUGAGCUUAAGGGCUUAGAUGUAGAUGCUCUGGUCAUUGAGCACAUCCAAGUGAACAAAGCCCCCAGGAUGCGGCGCAGGACUUACAGAGCUCACGGUCGGAUCAACCCCUACAUGAACUGUCCCUGCCACAUCGAGAUGAUCCUUACUGAAAAAGAACAGAUUGUUCCUAAACCAGAAGAGGAGGUUGCACAGAAGAAAAAGAUAUCCCAGAAGAAACUGAAAAAGACAAAAACUUAUGGCCCGGGAAUAAAUGCCGCAGAAAAUAAAUGCAAAUAAAAGUAAAAAAAAAAAAUAAAAUAAAAAGCAGAGACAUCACUUUCCUGACAAAGGUCUGUAUAAUCAAAGCUAUAGUUUUCCAACAGUCAUGUACAGGUGUAAGAAUUAGACCAUAAAGAAGGCUGAACGCUAAAGAAUAGAUGCUUUUGAGCUGUGGUGCUGGAGAAGACUCUUAAGAGUCCCUUGGACUGCAAGGGGAUCAAACCGGUUAAUCCUAAAGGAAAUCAACCUUGAAUAUUCAUUGGAAGGAUUGAUGCUAAAGCUGAAGCUCCAGUACUCUGGCCACCUGAUAUGAAGAGCUGACUCAUUGGAAAAGACCCUGAUGCUCAGAAAGAUUGAAGGCAGGAGGAGAAGCGGAUGACAGAGGACGAGAUGGUUGGACGGCAUCACCAACUCAAUGGACCUGAGUUUGAGCAAACUCUGGGAGAUAGUGAAGGACAGGAAAACCUGGCGUGCUGCAGUCCAUGGGGUUGUAAAGAGUUUGACACCACUAAGCAACUGAACAGCAAGCCGAGUGGAGCAUGGAAAUUUUGCCUGAAGCUCAAGACGUAUCUUGGACUAUGAGUGGUAAGUCAGUCAACGCUAAGAUGUCGGAGAAACAAGAGACAGGAGCCUGGAUCUGCCUACAUGUCCCAGACUGCCCACCUCUCCACUUCCUUAGGUGAGAAACAGCUGUCAUUAUUUUUUCUGUCACUUGUGGUCAAGGCAGUUAUCACUGCCUUGUAAUAUGACCAUUACUACGGAGCUCUCUGGGCUUCCCAGGUAGUGCUAGUGGUAAAGAACCCUCCUGCCAAUGCAGGAGAUGUAAGAGACGCAGGUUCGAUCCCUGGGUUGGGAAAAUCCCCUGGAGGAAGGCAUGGCAACCCACUUCAGUAUUCUUGCCUGGAGAGUCUCCAUGGACAGAGGAGCCUGGUGGGCUACAGCCCAUAGGGUCACAGUCAGACCCGACUGAAGCGACUUAGCACACACACAUGCACAGAGCUCUCUGGCCACAUCCGGAAGCUCUGCCCAUGGAUCCAAAAAUAGGGAGACACAUGAGUGCUGGAAGUCCGCAGUGCCUCGUGCUGCUCCGGUUUGGCCCUCAUGCUCUGUAGCCUUGGGCAGUUUCUGCCUCUCUCUGCACUUCAGCUUCCACACAGGCACAGCUGAACCCCCCUCAACUUGUCACCCUGCCUGUUACGCUCCUCCUUCCUUAGGCUGCUCACCCUCGACACUCUUGGAGUCCCCUUCCU